AAACUGGAACAACUCAAUCAGUAUCCAGACUUCAACAACUACCUGAUAUUUGUUCUUACAAAGCUAAAAACUGAAGAUGAACCAACUAGAUCACUGAGUGGUCUUAUUUUGAAGAAUAAUGUCAAAGCUCACUUUCACAACUUUCCUAAUGGAGUAACUGACUUCAUUAAAAGUGAGUGCUUAAACAAUAUUGGUGAUUCCUCUCCACUAAUCAGAGCCACUGUAGGUAUCUUGAUUACAACCAUUGCCUCAAAAGGAGAAUUGCAGAACUGGCCUGAACUUUUACCAAAGCUUUGUAGCCUGCUUGAUUCUGAAGACUACAAUACUUGUGAGGGUGCAUUUGGAGCUCUUCAGAAGAUCUGUGAAGAUUCAGCUGAAAUCUUAGACAGUGAUGCUUUAGAUCGUCCCCUUAAUAUCAUGAUCCCUAAGUUUCUACAAUUCUUCAAACAUAGCAGUCCAAAAAUAAGGUCCCAUGCAGUUGCUUGUGUCAAUCAGUUUAUCAUCAGUAGAACUCAAGCCCUUAUGAUGCACAUUGAUGGAUUUAUUGAGAAUCUGUUUGCAUUGGCUGGGGAUGAGGAGCCUGAAGUACGUAAAAAUGUUUGUCGGGCUCUGGUAAUGCUGCUGGAAGUUAGAAUGGACCGUUUACUUCCUCAUAUGAUUAGUAUUGUUGAGUACAUGCUGCAAAGAACUCAGGACCAAGAUGAAAAUGUGGCUUUGGAGGCUUGUGAAUUCUGGUUGACUUUGGCUGAACAGCCAAUUUGUAAAGAUGUAUUGUAUCGGCAUCUUACUAAGUUGAUACCUGUCCUUGUAAAUGGUAUGAAAUAUUCAGAAAUAGAUAUCAUUCUGCUGAAGGGAGAUGUUGAGGAAGAUGAAGCAAUUCCAGACAGUGAACAAGAUAUAAGGCCUCGGUUUCACCGUUCACGAACAGUAGCUCAGCAGCAUGAAGAAGAUGGUAUUGAAGAUGAGGAAGAUGAGGACGAUGACCUUGAUGAUGAUGACACUAUUUCUGACUGGAAUUUAAGGAAAUGUUCAGCGGCUGCCCUUGAUGUUCUUGCCAAUGUAUUCCGUGAUGACCUGCUGCCACAUAUUUUGCCCCUUCUAAAAGAAUUGCUUUUUCAUCCAGAAUGGGUGGUGAAAGAAUCAGGCAUCCUUGUUCUAGGAGCAAUUGCUGAAGGUUGUAUGCAGGGCAUGAUUCCAUAUCUUCCCGAGCUCAUCCCUCACCUUAUUCAGUGCCUCUCUGAUAAAAAGGCUCUUGUGCGCUCCAUUACUUGCUGGACUCUUAGUCGCUAUGCACAUUGGGUAGUCAGUCAACCCCCAGACACAUACUUGAAGCCAUUAAUGACUGAAUUGCUAAAGCGUAUCCUUGAUAGUAACAAGAGAGUACAAGAAGCUGCCUGCAGUGCCUUUGCUACUCUAGAAGAGGAGGCUUGUACAGAGCUUGUUCCUCAUCUUGCUUAUAUACUUGAUACUUUGGUAUUUGCAUUUAGUAAAUACCAACAUAAGAAUCUGCUCAUUCUUUAUGAUGCCAUAGGAACUUUGGCAGAUUCUGUAGGCCAUCAUCUAAAUAAACCAGAAUUCAUCCAGAUGCUUAUGCCUCCAUUAAUCCAAAAAUGGAACAUGUUAAAGGAUGAAGAUAAAGAUCUUUUCCCUUUAUUAGAGUGCCUGUCUUCAGUUGCCACUGCCUUGCAAUCUGGCUUCCUUCCCUACUGUGAACCAGUCUACCAGCGCUGUGUGAACCUGGUACAAAAGACUCUUGCACAAGCCAUGUUGCAUAAUGCUCAGCCAGACCAGUAUGAAGCUCCAGAUAAAGACUUCAUGAUUGUGGCUCUUGAUUUACUUAGUGGUUUAGCUGAAGGACUUGGAGGCAACAUUGAACAACUAGUGGCUCGGAGCAAUAUCCUGACACUGAUGUACCAGUGUAUGCAGGAUAAAAUGCCUGAGGUACGACAGAGUUCUUUUGCCUUGCUAGGAGAUUUGACAAAGGCAUGUUUUCAGCAUGUGAAGCCCUGCAUUGCUGAUUUCAUGCCAAUUUUGGGAACAAACCUAAACCCAGAGUUCAUUUCUGUGUGUAACAAUGCCACAUGGGCAAUUGGAGAAAUUUCUAUUCAGAUGGGUAUAGAGAUGCAGCCUUACGUCCCUAUGGUUUUGCACCAGCUUGUAGAAAUUAUUAACAGACCCAACACACCAAAGACUUUGUUAGAAAACACAGCAAUAACAAUUGGUCGUCUUGGUUACGUUUGUCCUCAAGAGGUGGCCCCCAUGCUACAGCAGUUUAUAAGACCCUGGUGCACUUCUCUGCGAAACAUAAGGGACAACGAGGAAAAGGAUUCAGCAUUCCGUGGGAUUUGUACCAUGAUUACUGUCAACCCUAGUGGAGUAGUCCAAGACUUUAUAUUUUUUUGUGAUGCUGUUGCAUCAUGGAUUAGCCCAAAAGAUGAUCUUCGAGACAUGUUCUGUAAGAUCCUUCAUGGAUUUAAAAAUCAAGUGGGAGAUGAAAAUUGGAGGCGUUUCUCAGACCAGUUUCCUGUUCCUCUAAAAGAGCGCCUUGCAGCUUACUAUGGAGUUUAACCUCACGUAUUCAAGCUGCAGUACCAUAAUUAGAGGUCCUUCAGUCUGGAAGACUGGGAGGAAGCCUCUGCACCCAGGGAAAAAUGUUACCCUUUACUGGGGGGAAGGGUAAACCAGUAGGGAAUACAGUACAAUCCCAAGCCUACUGGGAGGGGCGGGA